CCUAUUUUAAGCUUUCUUUCUUUCCCCAUCCUACACCCGCCCUUUCGAUAUCACUGCUAUUAUGGCCACAACACCAAGAAGAGCAGCAACAUUCACGAACGGUGUCGAAGGGCAGCAGCAACAAUAUCCGUUUUAUGAAGAAGAAGAAGAAGAUAUUCGUACACCAGAACGAAACAAUAAUAACAGCUCUAGUAUUUUGGCAUCACCUUUGAGAGCGAUCGCCUCUCCAUUUUACCAGGCGGUUUGGAAUGCCAAGAAUACUGCCAUGAAAGACUGGAAGUCAUUUUAUGGGAACUUACAAGCAACAUUUUCGCCAAAAACAAGUGCGAAUCGUGUGCGAAAACAAACUCCUCUGACGACAGAGAACAUGAAAGCAAAAUUGAUGCAGCAGAAGAGUCAUAAACAGUACCAGCAGGAGCAGCAAACGAAUCAACGUGGUUUCUCAGACAAUGACGAAAGCGGCGUCACGAGGAACAGAAGCAGUAUGCUGAUGCAGACACGGAGAAAUGAUGAUAUUGAACAGGAUAUGCCAUCAAUAAACAGAGGCACUAGCGAUAACAGAUCAUCAUUAACACCACUUAUUGAGAGACAUACGAUACGCGAAGAUUUUCGAUCGAGAUACAAUCAUUAUACUAAUAGAAAUCCAUUUUAUCGCGAAUCCGUCAUUUCCGCUGCACCUAUGAGUACACCUUCAUUAAUUGGAGAUAACAAUGACUCUAUGUCCAUAACAGAUACACCUAGACUCACAAACAGUAGAAUGAAACAAAACUACAACGCUUUCGACAAUCUGGGCGACCUCACACCCGUUUCAAGCUUGAGUAGGCAGUUUAACCGUCAUCAAAUAGAUACAAGGAAUAGUAUUUUAUCACCUGAAAGACCUAAUUUAUCGACAUAUACACCAACUCGUAAUUACGCAAACAAUAAUCGCUUUCACACUAUCACUUCUUCCUUUAAUGAUACCAUGAACAAAUACUCUGACCGUAACGGACAAAUGUCAACUGCUGCCUUAGAAAAAAGAUUAAAUGAUGAAAGAGAAAGACUAGAUCGCCUGGAAAGCAGAGUGAUGAGGUUGAGAAGACAGUCUACUAUCUUGGCGGGAGACUUUAAUAAAAAGGAUAGUCUUCUUUGCAACAAAGGCCAAUUGGAUGACAGAGAAAAACUCAUAGCAGCAACGGCAUCUGCCACACCAUUAACAAGGGACAAUAUUAUAAACUCAUUGAACCGAAACGAUUACUCAACCCCUCUUAGACACCACUCUCAAAAGUGCCAAAGACCAGAUACCAGUUUUAAGCAGCAACAAGAACCACAAAAUGGAAUGAUGAAUACCCCUCCACAGUCUCUUGAAUAUGUUCCUAAAUAUAAACAUACUACGUCCUCUUCCUUCAUUAGAAGACCGAGUAACGUCUCUUCCAAUCAUACCAACAAUAAUGAUAUUAACCCUUAUACACCAGAUUCAACCAACCGCAUUCUUUCUCCACGAACAUCAGCAAACCGCCAAAAUGUGAGCUCUCAGCUUGGCAGUACAAAAUUACGGUCUACAGAGACCAUCAACACACCUGGUGACAGCCGCAUCUCCAACCGUUUUUGGAAAGAAAUCCAUGGCUUGAAUGAAAAGAGAGAAUCUACAUCGCCUUUAAGAUUGAAUACACGUGCCUCCAUCUGGGCGAAACGCGCAAACCUGCUGCGACAAGAAAGUGAAGAAGAGGACGAAGAGCAAGUAACCACGGGAAGCCGAAGAAUGAUAAGAAGCCCAACUGUUAUUUCCAAAAACAGCUGGUCUGACACUAAUGUUCUCAGUCGCGAUGACGAUAUGGAUGUAAAUAAUACAAAUAGCUUCAAUACAAAGCUUUUCGAAAUUGCCAGACAAGAAAGGAAAAGAAAAGGCAAAGGCAAAAGCACUGGCACAGACAUUCCUGAUGAUGGAUAUACCAGAAUAGCUGACCAUAAGAAUUACAAUCAUUCUGACAGUUUGAGGGAUAGUCUUGCACGCACUUCUACUUUAACGAAAAGAUGGUUUUUGGAGGAUGAAGAAGACGAAGAAGAGGGAACAGAGGAAACACCAGAGAAAGAUAGAGGUAAACAGAAGAGAGCUAGUGUGGAUGAUGCCAUGUCCAUGAAUGCCGAGACGUCAGUCCUAUCUCGUCCCCCUCUAACUUCCUCAUUAAGACAGCAGCAACAACAAGGAAGACAACAACGAUCAACUGUUCAAUUAUCUAAAAAACGUCGUAUGGAUAAUCCUGUAGGCAUUGACAGCAACGACUUGUUCAACAAUCCUAUGUUCAAAGCAGCUCAGGAAAACAUGAAAGCGUAUGAAAAAGUAUCUACUGGUACAAAUACAGCUAUUCAUAAUACUAAUUUCCGAAGUUGUGUCAUCUCAACUGCGGCAGCUACACCUACAAGAUCGGCCAAUCCUAUCCAUCUUAAGGACAGCAUUUCUCUCGGUAAAGACGACCGAGAUGAGCAAGAUGAGCAAGAUGAGGAUGGUCACCAUUACUCAGAUACACCAGCUAGAAGAAAACAAAGGACCCAUUAUAACGUACCUGAUAAUCUCAACGCGACACCUUUAUCAGACGAACUUGAGUUAGCAAAAAAACGCGAUGAAGCAAUCCGUAAGAGGAAUAAUAUACCGCAAAUUAAUCCAAACAUGCUUGCUGAAUUGAAAGCAAAACAUAGAGAUAGGUUAAUUGAUGAUUCUGAUUCCUAUAAGUUUGCAUAGUCUCGCAAAUAUAUAUAUUUAAAACUAUAACAGUACUUAAUAGUAGUAGUAGUAGUAAUAGCAGUAGUAAC